ACUGAUCUGGAAACAGCACUCGCCGAGUUUCAAAUAAAAACUGGUCGAAAACCAGAUGGUUGCAGGCGUGAGACAUCAAGGCUCCUAUUUUGCAACGUCAAUCUAAGAAAAGGGAAUGGUCGGUUUUUAAACAGAUAAUGUGUGUGUACCUUUUCCCAGUGUGUUUUGCGGGAAAAGUGAAAGUGAAUCUGAUCACAGCAGCGGAUAAUGCGGACGAGGGCAAUGGAUGUCCGAAGAAACCAGCUGAGGAACAGAGCAACGUCAACUUUAUACAAUAAGUAAACACCAGAAAGAGCUGGAUAAGGACACAGCAGGACAGGAGAGGUACCGCACUAUAACCACAGCAUAAUACAGAGGGGCCAUGGUUCCCUUUCUGUCACUCACUCUACAUUGUGUCGAUGUAGUGACACUAGGGGUCACUCUUGUGAGCCCCAAACACCUCCUCUGCUUUUUUGAAAAAGGGCCAAUGACAAUUGGCGAGUGAAAUUUGCAUGCCACUCCCCCGGACAUAUGGGUAUAAAAGGAGCACAUUUCAGCGGCUUCUCCCCCUCUGCAUCUGUGGUUUUCAGAGAACGCCCCUGGGUGUUUCAGCAGAAACAACUAAAAGAGUAUAUUCUAAAAAAAAAAGUAUUUUUUCUUUCUAAAAGAGCGGCACACACGGAACGUCUUUUUGAAGAUGCCUUUCCGUCUGUGUGUUAUUCCUGGUUGCGGUCGAUAUCUCUCCGCUUCUGACGGCCACGAUCGCUGUCUUUCGUGUCUGGGCGCUGCCCACGCGGAGACAUCGUUCGUGGAUGGGUCUUGUCCUCACUGUGAGAACAUGACUAUGGCAACGUUGUGGUCGCGGCUUGCAUUCGUAAGAAAGCAACGAUUGGUUCCUGCCCCCCGUUCCUUUCUUCCUGGAAGUGCAUGAGGAGCUGACAAGAUCGUGGGAGGCACCUUUUACUGCCCGGUCCCGGUCUUUCAGCUCCCCCGCUCUCACUACCCUCGAUGGCGGAGUGGCCAGGGGGUAUUUGGUGAUCCCCCAGAUGGAUGAGGCGCUCGCAGUGCACCUGUGUCCGCAGAGCGCCGCCACCUGGCAUGGGUGCCCAAAACUCCCGUCCAGGGCCUGUAGGUUUACGUCAUCCCUGACAGCUAGAGCCUACAGUGCCGCUGGACAAGCCGCCUCUACCCUGCAUGCCAUGGCUGUCCUGCAAGUACACCAAGCCAAGGGGCUAAAAGAACUGCAAGAGGGUAGUUCUGACCCGGGAUUGAUGCAGGAGCUGCGUUCAGCGACCGACCUCGCUCUCCGGGUGACUAAGAUCACGGCACGGACUCUCGGGCAGGUGAUGUCCACCCUGGUGGUCCAGGAGCGCCACCUUUGGCUCAACUUGAUUGAGAUGCGUGAGGCUGACAAGGCAUGGUUUCUUGACGCCCCCAUCUCCCAGGUUGGCCUAUUCGGCGACACCGUCGAGGACUUUGCCCAGCAGUUCUUGGCGGUGAAGCAGCAGACGGAGGCCAUACAGCACAUCCUGCCCCAGUGCGGCUCAAGACCCCGCACCCCAUCUGCUCGUUUCCAAGGGCAUCCUCCUGCAGCUACAACAUCGGCUUUGCCGCAGCCCGCCCCCGUGGCCCGGCCACGAUGUGGAGCCCAGCGCAGGAAGCAGACGCCACCGUCUCACGGCCGGCCACCAAGAACCCGAGGAAGGCUUCGAAGCGCCCCUGAGACGGGCGACCCAGGGGCAAGAAGACCCGCUUCUCCGGAGCUGGUGAGCAGACCAUUCCAUCCCCUGGUGGAGGGCCGGGAGGAGAAUCUUUUGUUUUGUUUUCAUUUCAUUUCGCCACAUGUCCAAGAGACUGCGGUACCCAAAAAUACGACAAAAGAGCAGUUUUCUUGUUCCCUGGGUCACAUGUUCGGUGUGCACGGCAGUCGUCACGACCACCGUCCACCGUCCCAUCUUUGCAGGUAUGGCGCCCCAGCGGCGGUCCCCCCGCCCCUGUGUGCCCAGCUGUGGCACAAACACGCCCACACGGGAUUGGGUCCGGUGGACUAUGGGGACGAGACUCCUCCCCCCUCCUCGGCCAAUUUUAUGGUGGGUGGCAGGAGCCAGGUAAGUGCUUUGAUGUCCCUGAACUCAGCACGGCCACGGGGCUCGAAUUCCCUCGAUAUGGCACCUCGAGCCCCGCCGCGAGGCUCCACCCACCGGUAUGUCCGACGUGUUCAUUCCCUUGGUCCCCCUCACCCGGAGUUUGGACGCCGCGGUGGCUGACCCGGGCCGUCCGACUCAGCUACGCAAUUCAGUUUGCCAGGCCAGGUUCAGCGGCGUCCGCUUCACCUCGGUGAAGGGUAAGAAUGCCGCUACCUUGCAUGCGGAGAUCGCUACACUUCUACGCAAGGGUACGAUAGAGCCUGUCCUUCCAGCCGAGAUGAAGAAAGGGUUCUACAGCCCUUCAUCAUACCGAAAAAAGGCAGUGGGUUGCGACCAGUACUGAACCAGGCUUUGCACAGACUCCUGUUCAAGAUGCUGAUGCAAAAAUGCAUUCUAGUGAGCGUCCGGCAUCAAGAUUGGUUCGCGGCGUUAGACCUGAAGGACGCGUGCUUUCACGUCUCGGUCUUACCUCGACACAGGCCCUUCCUGCGGUUUGCCUUCGAAGGCCAGGCGUACUAGUACAAGGUCCUCCCCUUCGGCCUGUCCCUGUUCCCUCGCGUCUUCACAAAGGUCGCAGAGGCUGCCCUAGCCCCGCUAAGGGAAGUGGGCGUCCGCAUCUUCAACUAUCUCGAUGACUGGCUAAUCCUAGCUCACUCUCGAGAGUUGCUGUGCACACACAGGGACCUCGUGCUCCAGCACCUCAGCCGACUGGGGCAUUGGGUCAACUGGGAAAAGAGCAAGCUCUCCCCAGUUCAGAGCAUCCCUUUUCUCGGUCUGGAGUUGGACUCCAUGAUGACUCUCGAUGACAGCGCGCCUCACGAAAGAGCGCGCACAGUCGGUGCUGAACUGCUGAAAUGAAGGCAUUCAGAAGGAGAGCAGUAGUUCCACUGAAAUUUUUCAGAGGCUCCUGGGACAUAUGGCAUCCUCAGCGGCGGCCACACCGCUCAGGUUCAUGCAUAUGAGACCGCUUCAGACUCAAGUCCCGAGAUGGGCAUGGUGCCGCGGGACACAUCACAUGGCCAUCAGGCCGAUCUGUCGCCGCCUCUUCAGCCCGUGGACCGACCUUGCAUUUCUACGGGCAGGUGUUCCCCUAGAGCAGGUCUCCAGGCGUGUCGUGGUUACAACAGACGCCUCCAAGACGGGCUGGGGUGCCGUAUGCAAUGGGCACUCAGCCGCCGGCUCCUGGACUGGCCCGCGGCUGCGUUGGCACAUCAAGUGCCUAGAGUUGUUGGCAGUACUGCUCGCCCUGUGGAGGUUUUCGGCCGUUGAUCCAGGGCAAGCACGUGUUGGUCCGGAUGGACAACACAGCAUUGGUAGUGUACAUCAACCUCCAAGGUGGUCUACGCUCCCAUUGCAGGUCACAACUUGCCCGCCAUCUCCUCCUCUGGAGUUAGCAGCGCCUCAAGUCGCUACGAGCCACUCACAUCCCGGGCGACCUCAACACCGCAGCGGACGCGCUGUCACGUCAGGUUACCCUCAGGGGAGAGUGGAGACUCCACCCUCAGGUGGUCCAGCUGAUUUGGAGUUGAUUCAGUCGAGCACAGGUAGACCUGUUUGCUUCCCGGGAAUCCUCUCACUGCCCGCUCUGGUACGCCCUGACCGAGGCACCCCUCGGUAUAGAUGUGCUGGCACACAGCUGACCCCCUGGACUACGCAAGUAUGUGUUUCCCCCAGUGAGCCUACUUGCACAGACCCUGUGCAAGGUCAGGGAGGACGAGGAGCAGGUCAUCCUAGUAGCACCCUACUGGCCCACCCAGACAUGGUUCUUGGAUCUCACGCUCCUCGCGACAGCCCCCCACGGUGGUAGACACGAUCACUCAGACUAGGGCUCCCUCAAUGAGGCACCUGUAUGCCUUGAAGCGGCAUCUGUUCGCUAAGUGGUGUUCUUCCCGACGCGAAGACCCCCAGAGAUGCGCAGUCGGAUCAGUGCUUUCCUUCCUGCAGGAGAGGCUGGAGGGGCGGCUGUCCCCCUCCACCCUGAAGGUGUAUGUUGCCGCUAUUUUGGUGCAUCACGAUGCAGAAGAUGGUAAGUAUAUGGGAAAGCACGACUUGAUCAUCAGGUUCCUGAGAGGUGCUAGGAGGUUGAAUCCCUCCAGACCGCACCUUGUCCCCUCAUGAGACCUCUUCGUAGUCCUUUGGGGUCUACAGGGAGCUCCCUUUGAUCCCUUGGAGUCAGCUGAGCUUAAGGCACUCUCUUUGAAGACUGCCCUCCUGACUGCGCUCUCACUUCCAUCAAAAGGGUAGGGGACCUGCAGGCGUUCUCUUUCAGCGAAUCGUGCCUGGAGUUCGGUCCGGGUUACUCUCACGUGAUCCUGAGACCCCGACCGGGCUAUGUGCCCAAGGUUCCCACGACUCCUUUUAGGGAUCAGGUGGUGAACCUGCAAGUGCUGCCCCAGGAGGAGGCAGACCCAGCCUGGCGUUGCUGUGUCCGGUGCGAGCUUUACACAUCUAUUUGGAUCACACGCAGAGCCUUAGAAGCUCCGAGCAGCUCUUUGUUUGCUUUGGUGCACAGCGGAAAGGAAGCGCUGUCUCCAAACAGAGGAUCGCCCACUGGAUCAUUGACGCCAUCACGAUGGCAUAUCAGACUCGGGACAUGCCACCCCCUGCAGGGUUACGAGCCCACUCCACCAGGAGUGUGGCGGCCUCCUGGGCCCUGGCCAGUGGUGCCUAUUUGGCAGACAUCUGCAGAGCAGUGGGCUGGGCAACACCCAACACCUUUGCAAGGUUCUACAAUCUCCGGGUUGAAACGGUCUUGUCCCGUGUAUUGGCUGGCAGGAGCAGGUAAGUUCUGGGACAACUGGCCGGGUGUACCGCUUGCGCAUAGCGCCUUUCCCCUCCCUUGAGGUGAAGACUUGCGCUCUUGACUCCCAACUGUGUUCACAGACUGUGAUCCCUGGGUGACUUUCCUCCUUAGCCCUCUGGCAGCUGAGUUUGUGGAGAAACUUGCUGACCGACCCAGUACGUGCGCUAAUGAGCCCCUGUACUGAGGUAGGUGCUCCACAUGUGCUGGUUCCCCGAAGGUGACCCCAUGUGAUAUCUUCCGCAAAAUUGUUUCCUUGACAGCAAACUGCGUCUUCCUUGUGCAGGUCCCCUCUGCCCCUGGUCGCCAUGCUUUGUAGAAACUUCUCCCCCUUUGGGUAGAACCUACCAUGGGACCUCUCCACAUGACAUACUUCUGAUAAGACUCGGUAAGACCAUGUGACAUAUUCCACUCAAAAUACCCCCCCCCCCCUUUUUGGGCAGGGUGUGGUCUCCGCGGUGUCUUCCCCUUGGGAGGGACACCCCUGACACAGACACUUAUGGCUUCCAGUCAGUUAACAAGUUCCACUCUUUUUGGGGAGAAAAGAGAGGAAAAGAGGCCUCGGCUGGGCUAGCCUGUCCCUAUAGUUGGGCAGUCGACUUGUUCCUGAAGGACUGUUAGAUGCUCAUAAGAGCGUUGGGGGAGGUUACGUGACGGCCUGGUGCGCUGGCUACAAGGCACACAGCAGUCUGCCCAUCACACACCGCCAGUUCACGCAACACAGUUCAGCUAGUUAUGGCGUUUUGUAUAGGGACCCCUAGUGUCACUACAUCGACAACGUCGAAAGAGUGACAGAUAGGGAACGUCCUGGUUACUUUCAUAACCUCCGUUCCCUGAUGGAGGGAACGAGACGUUGUGUCCCUCUUGCCACAACACUGAACUACCCGCUGAAAUGGCCGGGACCUGGUCUCGGCUCCUCAGCACAAAACCUGAAUGAGUGGUAGCAUAACAGCUCCUUUUAUACCCAUAUGUCCAGGGGAGUGGCAUGCAAAUUUCACUCGCCAAUUCUCAUUGGCCUUUUUUUCCAAAAAGCAAAGGUGUUUGGGGCUCCCAAGAGUGACCCUUAGUGUCACUACAGCGACACAACGUCUCGUUCCCUCCAUCAGGGAACGGAGGUUACGAAAGUAACCAGGACGGCUUCCUGCCGUGCAAGACUGGGCAACUCAGAUUAAAACAUAAUCUUAGGACAAUGCUCAGGUGAUCCUGGUGGGGAAUAAAUGUGAUCUGGAGGACGACGGACUGGUGGCCGCAGAGAAUGGCCAGAGACUGGCUAAUGAACUAGGC